AUGGAGGCGAACAUCACCGUCGACGUGCAGGACUACCGACUGGCCUUCCCAAAUGGCCAGAGCCCCUUCCUCUUACAGUCUCCAGUGCAGCAUGACGGGGAGAGAGGUGGAAUGCUUCUAGUUCGACAAGACCUAGGAGCGAAUAAUAACGAGGUCAGCUUCAAACUGCCUGAGAAUCUAAUUCCAACAAAUGAUCCACCGCAUGGAACACACGCCCAUGGAAUACUGCUUCAGUCUGACCCGGGCCGACGCUAUCUCAAGGGAGAUCUGGUCUGGCUCAGAGAUCUGAGCUGGAAUCCCGGGUCCAACUUGGACCCGUCCAAGAUCAAAGUCGUCAACCUUCGUACCUGGGAGGACCUUGUGAUCGACUUGCAGGCGGCUUGUUGGGUACCCAGGUAUCGCAAAUUGGAUCAUAGGGCGAACGAACAGGAGGUCCUCACAAUUUCGGGCCCACCCAAGAGGAACGCGAACGACAAGAAGCUAUAUGUCCUGGCCAUUGUGCAGCGGUUGUCUCAGAGCAAUGAGCCUUCCUCUGCUUCUGCUGCUUCUCGUGGUUCGCAAUUGGAAAUCAAGGAGCUCGUGGAAAAAGAACUUUUCAAGUACCAGAAUUUGAGCAUCUCACCAGACGGCAGGAGAACGGCGGAGAAGCUCUUCCGUUGGGCGUUGACUGGGGUUUUGCAGUCACCUAUCAACGAGUACUCACCGCUUGCGCAGCAGACGCCCCUGUCUAGUCUUCCAACGAUGCCGAGCCUACAAGCAGUAGUUCCGGAAAGCUCAGCUUCAGGCGCCACUCCUGCUAACGCUGAUAACGACAUGAUCAUCGGAAUCGAGAACGACCCAGACUUUGACCGAGAUGCAGAGGAACUCUGGGCUAAAGGCAUGGCGGUCCUAAACAAGCAGUCGACUAUUAUCGAACCUAUUUGCAACCUUCCGAAGGAUACAUGUCCCACCCCACCCCGUACCUUCUUCAUCACCAACCGCCCGUCGGUCGACAAUCCUUACCCGACGCAUCACCAUCGACUUGAUCACGAGUGCCCGAUCGGCGCGGCGCACGAGAUUCACUGCGUCUUCCCAUCCCCACAGAUCCCACUAUGCAUCAUCCCAUGCACGAUCAAGCACCAGUGCUGCACCACCAGUGUGUGGCCGCGUAACAAAAGCAUCAACAAGCCGAGCACGGUCAUCUCGCUCCCUAUCGGUGAUCAGGGCGGUGUCAUCGUCAGAGGGGGGAGCGGCGUGACUCGCACCCAGCCGGAUAACCACUUGUACUCGGACCUGCCGAUUGCUGUCAAGCCGAUGGGCUUUGACGCCAGGUGGAACAACGACGAAAUGGGCCGGAGGGCGUAUGGCGUGGGCGAAAGGGAGGAUAUUGUCGAUGGCGAGUGGAACUUUGCAACGGCGAGCCUGGAUGGGGCUGUGGAAGAUGUCAACCCGAACGCGGCUAGCGAGGUAUUGGCUUCUGAUAAGGGUGGUGGAAACAGCCAGGAGGACCCUGAUGUCUUUGGAGACCGGCAUUUCUUUGAUGAAUUUAAGAGGAGGUCAUCUGCACGUCAUAUUUACAUGUACUUUAACCAGUGA